AUGAUGGACAGCCGCCUCCUGGAGCAUCCCCAUGCCCAGUUCGGAGGCAUGGUGGGCUUCCCUUACCCGCUCGGCCACCACCAUGUCUACGAGCUGGCCGGGCACCAGCUGCAGUCGGCGGCCGUGCCCUUCUCCAUAGAUGGAUUACUGAACGGCUCCUGCGCCGCCUCGGUGGUGAACCCGGCGCCGCUCCUCCCCGCGGGCUGCGGGGUGAAUGGGGACAACCAGCCCUUCAAGCUCUCAGACUCUGGUGACCCGGACAAGGAAAGUCCUGGCUGUAAAAGAAGACGAACCCGCACGAAUUUUACUGGCUGGCAACUAGAAGAGCUAGAAAAAGCCUUUAAUGAAAGUCAUUACCCGGACGUGUUUAUGAGAGAGGCGCUGGCUCUGAGGCUGGACCUAGUGGAAUCUAGAGUGCAGGUUUGGUUCCAAAAUCGCCGGGCCAAAUGGAGAAAGAAAGAGAACACCAAGAAGGGCCCGGGCCGGCCGGCCCACAACUCCCACCCCACCACGUGCAGCGGGGAGCCCAUGGACCCCGAGGAGAUCGCCCGCAAGGAGCUGGAGAAGAUGGAGAAGAAGAAACGCAAGCACGAGAAGAAGCUGCUCAAGAGCCAGAGCCGCCACCUGCACUCGCCCAGCAGCCUCUCCAUGCCCAGCUCCGACAGCGACAGCGGCGGGGGCGGGCUGUCCCCGGACCCCCCCGAGGCCAAGCCCCGGGGCGCCCCGCACCCGGCUCAAGCCGAGCCCCCCAGCAGCUGCGACCAAACGGGCCAAGCCUUCUACUCGAGCCAAAGAAGCGGCGCCGGCCGGCUGCAGCGGCUGCCGGACAAGGACUUGUCCUGCUCCUCCGCCUCCUCCUCGGACUGUGGGGCCGGGCCCCGGGGCGCCUCCAGCUUCCACAAGCUCAAUCCGUUCAGCGUGGAGAGCCUGCUGUCCGACUCGCCGCCGCGCCGGAAAGCGGGGCUGGACUUCCCGGGCCUGCAGCCCUGCGCCCCCCGCACCCUUCUGGGCAAGGGCCACUUCCUGCUCUACCCCAUCACCCAGCCGCUGGGCUUCAUCGUGCCGCAGGCUGCGCUCAAAGCUGGCCCGGGCGCGGAGCCCGGCCAGCCGCAGAGAGACUCCCCUCCUCCGCCCGCAGAGCCCGGCUGCGUCUACCCCGGCAAAUGCGCCACGAACUCGGGCCCGGGCCAUUCCGCCAACUGCAGCCCGGCGGAAAGCAGCAGCAGCAGCCACCCCGGGUCUGGCUCGGGCGCGGGGCAGCCCACAGCCGCCCCCUCCGCCUCCCAAGCGGACAGCGGCGGCAGCUUUCCCCAGCCAAAGUCUCCCGCCCUAACAAAAGACACUUGCAAAUCCAGAGACAAAUCGGACUGUACCUCGGAGCCUAGCGGCCCCGCAGAAGCCAGCGGUCCAGACUGCGAAGAAGUAGACAUGGACUAAAACAAACAGACCCAGAACUAUCGUCUUCAGCCCCCAGCUUCCCAAAGCUGAGAACGCAUCCCCACCCCCUCACACAAACGCGCGAGAGAGAUUAGUUAUGAAGAGCAGCUCCCGUUAGGGUUCUAACCCACCGAUCCAACCAGGGGAUCAGUUAGAGCUUUGGGGUUAUUUUUUUUCCUUUUUUUUUUUUCUUAAGAAAGAGAAGGGGGAAAAAAAUGCUUAAAAUACACUAGCAGCUGCUGGACGUUGUGUGAACG